ACAUAAGCGUACUACCUAGAAGCUCAAGCGAACAGAAAACUCUCUUUGCAAAGCACCAUCACUCCCCUCUACCUCCUUUACCCCUUCAAAGAGCCAUGAGCCAUAAACCAUUUGUGAGCCAUCCCCAUGGCUAACUUGACCGUCUAUGCACAUCUCCCCACGUUCUCUGAUCACAUUGGUGUCGGGACUCACAUUCACGACCAAUGAAACCUUGAUCCAGGGAAUGAUUUCAUUUAUCCCGACCCCCUACCGCGGCGAAGAAUACAACCAUGCAUACAGCAUACAUGCUAAAGGGUAUCGAAACAACUCUGCGCCUUCAACCUCCCUCCAUUCAUCCACUAAAAACGGCCGUUGCUCGUCAAGAAAUGCAAUGCAGGCAUGACAAUACCUCUCACCCAAACAACCGGGAAGCCCAUGGUGUCUCGUCACUC